AUGAGGCAGGCCUCGUUGCCAGCCGAGAAUCUACAAGCUUGGUCCCAUUUCAACAAUGUCGAGCUUUUUGACACUUCAAUUGAAGCCCAUAUCUUCACCGAAGAUGGAGUUGACCAGGGAGGCGGACUGCGAGCAAAAGCCCACCAUGGAGAAGGCGAACCACUUGUUGCUGUCCCUCUAGACCUUGUCCUGUCCAAGGAUCGGGUAGCGCAAUGUGCAAAGUCGGACCCGCGUCUGAAAGAACUCAUCGAGGCUGCUGCCUCUUUAUUUCAGACUCCACGUACGGCAGUCCUCCUGUUUCUCGUCUAUCAAAUGACGAUCAAUAGCCCCGACAAUCAAGACCCUGGUCUCAAAUUGAAAACCCCGUUCGCCGAUUACGUCCAGUGCCUACCAAAAGACAUCCCACUGCCCACAUUCUAUACCCCGGAGGAAAGGGGACUACUCUCCGGAACCACUCUCGCUGACGCCUUGUACCAGAAGUCGAUCAAUCUUGAACGAGAAUUCGAUCGCCUUAAGGAAGCUACGGAUACCAUCCCCUGGUGUCAGCGGGUCUGGUGGGAUGAGCAUACGGGAUGUCUGGAUCUCGGAGAUUGGAAACUUGCAGAUGCCGUCUAUCGAUCUCGGGCCAUGGAACUCCCGCGAGGAGCAGGCGUAGGGAUGGUCCCUGUGGUCGACAUGGCAAACCAUGCCGCCGACGAUCGAUAUAAUGCACGGUUCGAAGUAGAUGACAACGCAGGGACAUUCCUGCUUGUUGUUCGGGACGCGAAGUCCAUCAAUGAUGGGGACGCGAAGUCCAUCAAUGAUGGGGACGAGGUCACCAUCAUGUACGGCGCCGGCGGUGCCUGUGAGAUGGCCUUCUCGUACGGCUUUAUAGAGGAGCACGCGAGCAGCGCCAGGGAGAUGUUUCUCAGUUUGUCCAUUCCAGCCGACGACCCUUUGCGAUUGGCAAAGAUCCGGUUUGCCCAAGAAGCGCCAGGGGUCCGCAUCUACGUCGACAAGUCGGACCAGGUACACUGGGAUAGUACGUUCGUCUGGUGGGCAUGUGUCAACCAGGAAGAUGGCCUAGAAUUUCAAGUGGAGAAGACCGUGGACGGAGACACGGAGCUGAAGGCCUCGUGGAGGGAUGCCGGCCUAAGUGCAGACGCGCUGCAUUCUAAGGUGCUGCAAGAUGAUCUCCGGGAUAUAUUCGUUCUUCGUGCUGUUGUCAUGAUUCAGCAACGGGUCGAAGAUCAAGGGAUGCAACUCGCAGCAAGUGAAGAAGACUACGACGAUACCGUUCCUGACGAGCACAAUAUUAGACGCCCGGUAUAUGAGACGAUCGGGAGACUUCGGAGGCUGGAGCUCGACCUGUUGACCAGGGCGUACGAGACGCUGGAGGCGGAGAAGGCGAAACUGCUUGAGUCUGCAACUGUCCGCACGUAUCUCGAGCGGCAGAUGCACAGUGGCGUAGACCCCACAGGAAAAUACCCAGAAGACGAUUUCUCAUGA